CCCGACUCCAAAAUGGCAGCCGCGCACAGCGCACACCCGAGCGGCCGGACCUCCCUGACUCCCCGGCCGCCCCCCUCUCUCUCCCUGCCUCCCUUCUUCGGCCUUCACCUACACGCCUCCGGAUUGGCCGCUAGGAAUCCCGCCCCUCCAGAGCCCCGCCUGCUAUUGGUCACGAUCUUAUAAUCAAUGGAUAAAGUGGGGAAGAUGUGGAAUAACUUCAAAUACAGGUGUCAGAAUCUCUUCGGUCACGAGGGAGGGGGCCGUAGUGAAAAUGUGGACAUGAAUUCCAAUAGAUGUUUGUCUGUGAAAGAGAGAAACAUCAGUACAGGAGACUCAGCUCCUCAGCAACAAAGCAGUCCCUUAAGAGAAAACGUUGCCUUACAACUGGGAUUAAGCCCUUCCAAGAAUUCUUCAAGGAGAAACCAAAACUGUGCCACUGAAAUUCCUCAGAUUGUUGAAAUAAGCAUUGAAAAGGAUAAUGAUUCCUGUGUCACCUCAGGAGCGAGACUUGCAAGAAGGGAUUCCUACUCUCGGCAUGCUCCGUGGGGUGGGAAGAAAAAACAUUCCUGUUCUACAAAGACACAGAGUUCAUUGGAUACUGAUAAAAAGUUCGGUAGAACUCGAAGCGGACUUCAAAGGAGAGAGAGGCGGUAUGGUGUAAGCUCCGUGCAUGACAUGGACAGCGUGUCCAGCAGAACUGUGGGGAGCCGCUCUCUGAGACAGAGGUUGCAGGACACUGUGGGCUUGUGUUUUCCCAUGAGAACUUACAGCAAGCAGUCAAAACCCCUCUUUUCUAAUAAAAGAAAAAUACACCUUUCUGAAUUAAUGCUUGAGAAAUGCCCUUUUCCUGCUGGCUCAGAUUUAGCCCAAAAAUGGCAUUUGAUUAAACAGCAUACAGCCCCUGUGAGCCCACACUCAACAUUUUUUGAUACGUUUGAUCCAUCCUUGGUUUCCACGGAAGAUGAAGAAGAUAGGCUUCGAGAGAGAAGACGGCUCAGUAUUGAAGAGGGGGUUGACCCUCCGCCCAAUGCACAAAUACAUACCUUUGAAGCCACCGCACAGGUUAAUCCGUUAUAUAAACUGGGACCAAAGUUAGCUCCUGGAAUGACUGAAGUAAGUGGGGACAGUAGUGCAAUUCCACAAGCUAACUGUGACUCAGAAGAGGACACUACCACCCUGUGUCUGCAGUCACGUAGGCAGAAGCAACGUCAGGUGUCUGGAGACAGCCAUGCCCACGUUAGCAGACAGGGAGCUUGGAAAGUCCAUACGCAGAUCGAUUACAUACACUGCCUCGUGCCGGACUUGCUCCAGAUUACAGGGAAUCCCUGUUACUGGGGAGUGAUGGACCGUUACGAAGCAGAAGCCCUCCUUGAAGGGAAACCUGAAGGCACAUUCUUGCUCAGGGACUCUGCGCAAGAGGACUACCUCUUCUCUGUGAGCUUCCGUCGCUACAACAGGUCCCUGCAUGCCCGAAUUGAACAGUGGAAUCACAACUUUAGUUUUGACGCCCACGACCCUUGUGUAUUUCACUCCUCCACUGUAACAGGACUUUUGGAACAUUAUAAAGAUCCUAGUUCUUGCAUGUUUUUUGAACCCUUGCUUACUAUAUCACUAAACAGGACUUUCCCUUUUAGCCUGCAGUAUAUCUGCCGUGCAGUAAUCUGUAGAUGCACUACAUAUGAUGGAAUUGAUGGGCUUCCUUUACCAUCAAUGUUGCAGGAUUUUUUGAAAGAGUAUCAUUACAAGCAAAAAGUUAGAGUUCGCUGGUUAGAACGAGAACCAGUCAAGGCGAAGUAAACUCUCCUGCCCACAGUGGGCAUUAUCUAGAUCUGCUUUUCUGUGCACCAGACAGUACACCUAUAGCAAGCACACGUGUCAGUGUUAGGUGUCUUUCAGUGCAGUGUGUAGGCUUAGUGUUACUAUCUGUCAGAUGCGAUCUGCUGUUACUUCCUCAGAUAAAUGUGGUGCCUAUUUGAGACAACAGAGGACAGAGCUACAGGUGUUCAGUAAGGCUGCGAAGGCAUUUUGUCGAUUGAGCGAACAGUUUGGUUUGUAAUGACUGUUGCAAUUGAGUGAAGCAACUCGGGGGCAUUUGCUAUGAAGAAUUCUAUUUCUUACUGAAGAACAAAUUAUUAAUAUUGGAAGAGUAUUUCAACAGUGUGACUAAUGUUUGAAAUUGUUAUUUUUUCUAAGAAUUUUUCUAUAACCUUCCAAAAGUAGCGCUGUUUGUAGUUACUAUAGAUCAAGCUUUGGAAGUCCAAAAAAUAAAGACUGCCUUCCUUGAAGAAAAAAGAAAAAUGCAAUUUUCUGGCCACAAGGGCAGAGUGCAGUUCACUUAAGUGUUGAUAGAGUUUAUAGUCAGUCUCCUGUCUCUUCUGCAAAAGGUACUGUUAAGCCAACCAGGUUUUCUAAAUAGUUGCUUUUAAAAGUUCAGGCUUAUAAAGUUGGUAGUAGAUUUAUUUCAAGGCCUUAGGUAUUCAUUUUAUUUUGAAUGAGUGCUUUAAUGUAAAACACAUUGGGAAGAGCUGCAAUGUAGUCCUGUGUGUGAGUUCUUAAGUUAGUAUGUGUGGUCUUCUCGUUGAUUAGUUAACGUUGUAUCUUUUCCUGUGCCCAUGAUGCGUUUGUGAACCAUGAAGAACGUGAGACUAGAAGAUGCCCAAACAAGUCCGUAUAUGAUAACACAGUGGUUGCUGAUGUUGAGAUGAUUUUUAAACUGCAGUGAACAGUUUGGAUGGCACUGUUUAGCUCUUUGUUGUAAACGCUCUUAGCUGAAUCGCUUGAGUACAAUUUGUAGAAUUUCAGUGCAGUUAAUUUCUAAUGGAAAAUCUGAAACCCUAAUUGCAGAUUUAAAAGGUACUGUACAACUGUUGUAUCUGUAAAUAACUUUACUUAGCACCUUUUUGUCACUUAGAAUAUUAUGCAAUACUAAUUAAGUGAGCUAUUUUGGAAGUAAUACCAAGUCCUAGUGUUUGCUUCUUAGUAUUGAACUGAAUUUACAGUUCUGUCCUAGACAUUUUGCACUAGUCAAAUCCAUUCUUGUGUCUUUUUGUUAAUGUGCUCUGUACCACUGGUGAGUGCUCCUUGGUUUCCUUACCUGCUGCUACAGAAAGUUCUUUUAUAUCCUGAUGGCUAUUGCCAAGGCUACAAAAAAGAAAAGCUAUAUUUGUAUGCAACACUAACCCUUUGACUGCUAAUGUACGUUUCUGCUUGCUGUGCCUUGUUAAUGGCUGCUUUUUUGUGCUAAUAAAGUAUGUUUGGUGUUCUC